UAAUGAUCGCAGGCAUGAGAGAGGAGCCAGGAAUCUAGACGCUCGAGUUUCAGUCAUUUCGAUCUCUGGGCGAUCGCGGGACGAGGCACGCGCGACUGGAGCGCGUCAUCGUCAUGGCAGGAAGUAGGCGAAGCGACGGGCGAUAAUGUCAAGGAGACGACGAUGGAGGGCGAGCGACGACAUCCGCGAGCAACACUCAGCGAGAGCGACGAGAUCGAGAACUCGGACGAGAGCAGCGACAGCAGACCAUCUGGGGAGAGAUGGGCUCCGGUUGGCGCCAACGACGGCGACAAUGAGUUCGCGGAUGAGUAUAAAUACGUCAACGCCAAUGUGGAAAACCUCGCAUAUGACAUAGAGAGGGUAAAGAUGUUGGAGGAGGAACAAGAAAUGUUGAACUCAUCUCUGAUAGCAUUAACCACUCACUUUGCUCAGGUUCAGUUUCGUUUACGACAAAUUGUAGAUGCACCAACCAGUGAAAAGGAGACGCUACUUAAAGAGUUGGAAGAAUUUGCAUUUAGGGGAAUACCAGAUGUACCGAAUAGCUUACUGUUAGAGAGCGGAUCUGUCACACCAAUCUCUCCCAUGUCCUGUGAUCCAAGUGUGACUGGUGUCAUUACGGAUGCAGAGGUUGAAUCGAAAAUGGCAUUGCAACGGACAAAACAGAGAGAAUUAAUAAGUCAGUUGAAAUCCCAGCUGGAGGAUCUGGAAAAGUACGCAUAUGAGACGGGCGACGCCGAUCUACCGCAGAGCAUUAUUUUGGAAAGACAAAAUAUCAUAAUCAGUCACUUGAAAGAAAAAUUGAACUUUAACGUCGACGAUCUGUGUAAAUUACCAGCGGACGAUCUCAGAUGGCAAGUUGAUUACGCUAUAAGUCAAAUUGUUAGCCCGUUGAAGAUGAAGGAGCAAUUGGUCUCUCAGCUGAAGACGCAGAUCGCCGAUCUGGAGCGUUUCAUAAAUUAUCUUCAAGGCGAGGUCAGCACAGAGACCCUGGCGUGUACAUGUGCGUGUCCGGUACACGCUGGUGGCACUUCGUCGUCCUCUUACGGAUCCAAACGACGCUUCGAUCGUGGGAAACCCGUCGAAGAUGAAGCGAGUGCCACUAAUCAAACCAGGACCCUAAACACCGUGCGCAAAGUGGUUGCGCUUUUGCAUAUGUUUUUGAUGUCGCAAUUAGGUUGCGGCAGCGAACGCGUACGUCGGAAUUUUGGCAGUAAUAGCAAGAAGAAUCCCGUGCAUAAUUGGCGCGACCUACGCACUAGAUUGGACAUCGCCGUGGAACACGUGUUGGAAACUAUUACAGAAUUGUCGCAGCAACAGCAGCAGCAGCAGCAGCAGCAACGUCACCUCGACGACGAGGACGAGGACAUCGACGAUAUCGAUGACAACGAAAACGACUACACGUCCGACUCGGACUCGGCAUCGCACGCGAACGCGAAGCUUACGUCCGCCGUGAGAAAACACCUCGCCACCUCGGUCAGGGAUCUCAUGCAGCAUGGUUUGACCGCGGACGUGCUGCGCGCCGCUUCCAGCGUGGUGCCGUUCGUCGGUUGCUUCCCGCAACGCGACGUCACGUCGGCGAAUUUUAUGCAUGCCUGGGAGCUGAUACUGAAAUACUACGAGAUUAAGAAUGGACGCCGUUACAAUUCCAGCCCCGCGCAGAAGUUGUCGCAGAGCUUCAAUCUUGAUCUUGCAGCCGGAAGAAUAGCUUCCUCGAAACAGAGCUUACUGACGACUAUAGGCAAUAUCAUUGCUUCUCAUAGUCCAUACAAACGAAGUUACGAUUCGCAUUUCAAGGCGUUUGUAUGCGCAGCUCUGAACGCGAAUAAACUUGUAAUAUGGCUGAAGUUAAUCCUACAAUGCCAGUACCUUCUGGAAAACUAUUAUCUCUCAUGGAGCUACGUUGUAAAAACAGGUUUCCAGGAUGCAUUUCACACUUUGGAUCGCCUUACCAAUUACAAGUUCGACUUGCCGGUGGAUUUGGCCGUACGACAGUUUCAGAACAUAAAGGACGCGUUUUGAUUGUUAUCAAUUUUAUCAUUAUCAUUUCACGCAAAUGACAAUGUAGAAUGUAAGGUGUAUCUUCAGUACUUUCUGUAACACAAGAGUAUAACAAGAGUGGACGAUAAUAAUAUACAAACCGAGUCGAUAAGAAUAGAACAGUUAUAUAGCUCUCUUGAAUUUAAAAAUAUGCAAAGUGAUACAAAGAACGUAAUUUAGGUAAUACCAGAGGACAAAAACUUACUCAAAUAUGAUUUCUUUCAUUAUUAUUAAUAUUCGGAAAUCAUUGUUUCCUCUAACAAAAUGGUAUUUCUGCUAAAUGUAAAAAAUUUUAAUACUAUCUGAAUCAUGUUUUAUAUAUUUCCUUUAUACUUUCAAUUUAAGAGAGAUAUUUAAGUGAUUCUUUUCUGGAGACUCACCCUUAA